GAGAUUUCCAUUCCGGGGGUUUGUUGGGAAAGAACACUGCGUACUGGGCAGGAUGAGGUUGGGUUUUCAACCCAGACCAGGACGGUCCUUGUAGGCCGCCAGGUCUGUCCACGGCAUGCCGUGAUUGUUGAUCGCUCAGCCCGAGCUGGCAGACAACCACACAGUGGUGUAGAAUUAGGGGGGACGGACGGGGGUCAUGACCCCUGCCCAUUUUACAGAGGGGUCAAUGUGACCCCCUGGAAAAGAGUGAAAAUCCUGGGAUCCACUGACCAUGGCUGUUUUGCAAGGGUUAGAUACUCGCACACAUCACUGUCACAAUCAAACAAGAGCAAACAAUUCAAAAUAAGCAAUCAACCUUUCGAAAAGUCAACCGGUAAAUAUGCGACUUGCAUUAGUGCGGCGUUGCGUUUGAUCCGACAUUAAGUGAAAGAGCGCCCCAUCAAACCACCAUGUUGGUUUCGACUGGGUGUUACAGAGCUACCCAAGUCACGCUCAUCAUGCACCGGGCAUAGCAUUUUUUUUUCCCCCUGUUGAUGUAUCAUUGUGAUUCAUGCGGAAAAUAUUCCACAAAGGAUAUGCAAAUACAGCUUAAUCCCAGGAUGCAGGGCAUUUGCCUUCACGUUCUAUUUAUUCCUGGCCGGUCUCUGAUCGAAUGGCUUCAUCAGCACUUCAUCAACCGUUUACCUUUUUUCACCUCAUUCGUUUCGCCAACUCUUUUUAUUCCGUGCGCGGCUUCAUACACUGAAUGAAGGCGUGUAGGCCUACGCAGGUCUGUACUUCAAAAGCGUUAACAAAUUAUUCAUUGGGUUUUCCUGCUGUGGUAUACCACUUUGUUAUUUGUUUAAUAUUGAGGUUUUGCAGAUAUUCUAAUCUAUUGUUGCUGGCAUAACUCAAUGUAUACGUUAUCAUACUAUCAUUCCUAAUGGGCCCUCAUGGGAAUCAAACCCACAACCCUGGUGUAACUGCCAUUCUCUCAUGAAGUUGGCUAAGCUAUCAUACAGCUAGUUUUUUUAGGGUGUUCAAAAUCCAUAAAUUCACAAACAAAAAAAGUACCAGACAUUUUCUGGUAUUGCAUCGUUUUUUGUGUACCAUGCUAUUCUCCUCAGAUCUGUGAAUAAUAUUGAGCUGAGCAGGACACCAUAGAUGGCAGAGGCCCAGGUCAGAGGGACAUUAGAAGGAAGGAUUCCCUCUUUCAAAAGGUCGCUUUGCAUACUGAUUUUCAUGUGUUCAUAGAGGGACCUUCGUUUAGAUUAGUCCCUGCCACUUAAUUCCAGCUUGCAAAACAAUCCCAAUCGCAGCAUCACACUGGCAGGAUCUCUUUUCUCACUUCCGAAAAGACCUUGCAGCCAUGGCAAUAAAGUGUGAAGUACAUUUGAUAUUGUGUUUUGACAAUCACUGAUUACUGCAGUAGUGAUGGAUCUCAACGCUCUUUUCAAGGGUAGAUGUUGCUGCUUUACCAAGGACCCACUUGAAGAGGCUGAGACCUGGGGAGAGUCUGUGGACAAACUCCUGGGCUGUAAAUCUGGGCAGGCAGCUUUCCGUGAAUUCCUGAAAUCAGAGUACAGCGAGGAGAAUAUUUUAUUUUGGCUGGCCUGUGAAGAGUACAAGAAUAUAAAAUCUCUCCCAGAGAUGAUCUCAUCUGCAAACAGGAUCUACUCAGAGUUUGUAAAAUGUGAGGCGCCAAAACAGAUCAAUAUUGAUUGUGGGACCAGAGAAAACAUCACCAAGAACAUCUCUCAGCCAAGCCUGACCUCUUUCGACACGGCGCAGAAGCUCAUCUACAGUCUGAUGGCCAAGGACUGCUACCCACGAUUCCUCAAGUCGGACAUCUACCAGGAUGUGCUGACGAGAGCAAAUGCAAGGUGACUUUUUCAAAUGAUGCUUUCAAAAAGAAGCUGUGUUUCUCAUCCUUUUUUUGUACCAGAGACUGCCGAGCUAUAGUCCCCUCCCUUCAUGUAGGAGCAUUAAGAUAAAAAGCGUUCUACGUUUUAGCUUAUUUUUCUGUCAACUGUGGUGCGGUUAAGCAACACCCAAGAUCCCCAGUUUAGGAUGUUUUUAAAUGUGACUAGUGGAAACCAACUGUAUCCACAGGCGAUGCAAAAAAAACUAACAAGGAAGUGAACUAUUUCUGUAUAACUACCACUCUUCAACUGACUAGAUUUCUGUCGGCUAACUAUCUAACCACUGACUAGUGGGUCAGUAAUAACCUGGAGGUUGACAGGCAGCGCUUUUCAACGGGACGUAAAGUACACUCCUUUACCUUUCAUCUCCUUAUGCAUACCAUGUUAAUGCAAUCCGUGUCGAAACAAUGAUGAGAAAGCUUUUGCACAAUUGGUGACUACAUUUAAUGGGUUGAUUCCAUUUUCAAUCAAACCUGAAGAAUAAUCUCUGUAUAUAGCUUAAUGUGUGCAAUUUUGUAUUUAACUGGAUUAUUGUAGUGAUAGAAAUGCCUAAAGUUGCCCCUUUCACCAUAAUUUUAAUGAAUAGAAAUGGAUAGUAUUAUUACUUUUGUAUGUAACCAGAUACUGUCCUGAUCU